GGAGCAGCCACAGCCGCAACAGGUGUGUGUGUCUCUGUGUGUGUCUGUUUGAGUAAAGACUCGGGACAUAUGGAUUGAGAACAACAUCAAAACAUUUCACAGUUUUACUAAAGAGAGAUCUUUUUCAGAAAAGCUGUAAAAUCCGACACAAACUUUUUUUCUCUGCUCGCUAUGGAUCUGCUUCCAGCCCAGGAGGCCGCCAAAAUCUACCACACCAACUAUGUGAGAAACUCCCGCGCCAUCGGCGUCAUGUGGGCCGUGUUCACCAUCUGCUUCGUCAUCAUCACCGUGGUGGUCUUCAUCCAGCCCUUCUGGAUCGGGGACAGCGUCAACACCCCGCAGGCCGGAUACUUCGGCCUCUUCCACUACUGCAUCGGCAACGCGCUGACCUCGGAGCUCAUCUGUAAGGGCAGCGUGCUGGACUUCAGCUCCAUCCCCUCUCCGGCCUUCAGGACCGCCAUGUUCUUCGUGGGGACCUCCAUGCUGCUGAUUGUUGGCACCAUGGUCUGUUUCAGCUUGUUCUUCUUCUGCAACGCCGGGAACGUCUACAGGAUCUGCGCCUGGAUGCAGCUGGCCUCGGCCGCGUUGAUGGUGAUGGGCUGCAUGAUCUACCCGGACGGCUGGGACGCUCCUGAGGUGAAGAGGAUGUGUGGCCAGAGGACGGAUAAGUACAACCUGGGGAACUGCACGGUGCGCUGGGCCUACAUCCUGGCUAUCAUCAGCAUCCUGGACGCCCUCCUCCUGGCAUUACUGUCCUUCACUCUCGGCAACCGGCAGGACAAACUGCUGCCGGAUGACUUUGAGGUGGAGGGAACAGAAAACCCUUGAUGGGCACACGGACCACAGGAACAGUGUGAUUCAGGUCCACUUCGACGACAUUCAAGGUUCAAGACAAGCAACUUGAAAUUCCAUGACGCAGAUCAAACUCUUCAUAUUUCUUGCCUUUUUUUUUUUGUUUUCUCUUUUAUGUUUUUAA